AUGCCUGGUUACGCGAGCCGUAUUCCUAGCCUGAAGGGCACGCCCCGUCUCCAGGCUACCGGCCUCAAAUCUGCCGCAUCCAACAACUGGCGCAAUAGAGCUGCCGGUACAUCUCUGCCGGAGACCAAUAGCAUCACUGGACAACGUAGCUGUGACUCGAGCGAGGAUAGCUACGUCCGCGCCCAAAUGGAGGCCGGUAACAUUAUCUCUGACGCCCAGUACCGGUAUCUUCGGGACAAGAAGGCCUCUUGGGAGCAUGUUGUUUCAGCGCCGGGAAUGGGAAUCCCUUCUUCCUCGUCUUCCAAUUCGGCAGACUAUGCCGGGGAGGGAACCAAAGUGCAGCUGAAGCGAGUCAAGCCCAUCUACACGGCCGUCAACGGGCGAACCAUUGCCUUGCCAAACCGAUUUGUAUUGGACCUUGUCGCCGUCGACCCGCACAACACCCCUCUCAGUAGCCAGCUCGGCGAUCUAAAGAGCCUUAAUGGCCACGCGACCUUUCGCCGUAUCUCGACAGAAGACUCCGACAAGCUGUUUCUUGAGCUUCAACAGUUGGCUCGAAGUUCUGAAGAGACCUUCAGCAGCGCCGCCAGUGGCUCCUCCAAAUCCCAGGGCUUCUCUCAGAAGUCACAGACGCUGCGCAGACCCAUAGGCUUCGAUGGCGCCGACUCGGCCACAAUCCGACCCCGGGUAUCCAAGCCAGCGCCCAGUCCUGCUGCGUCGGUGGCGGACGAGCCCGCUCGCUACCAGAAGCUUUUAAGCCGUCUGCAUCUUCGACCUGAGACAUCGGCCUCGCAUCAUCAAGGGCCGGCCGCCGCAACUUUGACCGCCCGCCGGGCAGUUGACCCAGCCAUCAUGGCAUUGAAAGCCAAGACCGAGACGCAAACCGAGCCUUUGGAGCGGCGUGAGCUGGACGACCGCUUCAACGAGGCGAAGAGGAUCUACUUGGCCGAGCAGCGCGACUCCCAGAAACGGGCCGGUCAACACAACCAGACUGAUUCCGGGUACGGGCCCAGCAGCAGAGGCCAACACUCCAGCGAUCACUCCACGGGUGACAAUUCGCAGCAUGAGGCGCAUCACCACCGCGAGCAACCUUUUCUGAACCCGGCUGCCGCGGAGUUUAAGUCCACACACCAGGAGUCUGCGGACCCGAACGGUUCCACGUUUCAGAACGAUGUCCCGCGAUUCUCGCCGAAGAAGCUUCUGUCUCGCCAGCCACUUACCAACAUUUUCCCUGACGUGAUGUCGGAUACCAAAGCGGGAAAGGAGGGCUCGCCUUCUCAGCAAGUUCGUCAAGCCGCCCCUGAACCAUCCACGCAGCAUGGCUCCCAGCACAUCAACGGUGGAAGCAACCCGAACGCAACACCGCCUUCACCUUCAUCGGGAUUUCCAACCUUGGCCAACGCAGAGACCUUUCACAGUUGGUACGAGACCUUCGGAUUUGCCCCGCCGUUCUUUGUACCACAGGGCGCCUCGCCUAUGAUGGGAACAGUGGCCGCAGCCGGAAUCUCGGCCGGAACUCCUCCGGCAAUGAACAACGGGUUCAACACAUUCUCCACUUCCGGUACUGGGCCCGUCCCGAUGUAUCCUCAAGCCGCGAUGCCGGGAGGAAUGAACCCAUAUCACACCAUGGCUGCACCGUUUGCUCCCGCUAUCCCACCCCAGUUUGCUUCCCAUGGCCGCAACGGCAAGCGCUACCCCCCUUACUAUCCGGCUCCUCCCCCGAAACCGCGCGAACCCGACGCAGCGCAGCAAAACGAUUACGAGAAAUACCUGGAGUGGCGCAAGUCCAACGAGCCCGGCUACUACAUGCAGUGCAAAAUUCGCCAGGCCAACCGUGUGAUGCGUCAGUUCCAGCGCCAGAACCCAGGGCAGGCCAAGGCUGCUGCGAUUGCCACCAAUGCUGCUGCUGCCGCGGAGAGAAGGAAGAAAACUGAGGAGAUAAAGGAAAAGUUCAAGAAGGGGGUCCACGAGCGGAGCCAGGGGCUAGAGACGGAGGUCGAAGUUGCCGCAUAG